AUGCACAAACGGUACCUUGUCUCUGGUCUUCCCAGGGUUCUCCCUCCCCUCCCACCCUCACCUGCUCCUCCCUGUCUUCCCUGUGUCGAGGGGCGGCAGCGCGCCGCUCCUCACUCCUCCUCGUUUCCCCCGACGACUGCUCCCUUGCAGACGCUCCACAUGGACGUGUGGGGCCCAGCCCGCGUCCGUGGUCAGGGUCAGGAGAGGUACUUCCUGAUAGUUGUUGACGACUACUCGCGCUACACCACGGUCUUCCCCUUGCGCACCAAGGGUGAGGUCCCUGAUGUUUUGAUCCCUUGGAUCAGCCGAGCCCGUCUCCAGCUAGGCAAGCGUUUCCGCUCGGACUUUCCUGUCCUGCGCUUGCACUCUGACAGAGGUGGUGAGUUCUCCUCCGACCUCUUGGCAGCCUACUGUGCGGAGCACGACAUUGAGCAGUCGUUCACGCUUCCGGCCUCUCCACAGCAGAAUGGGGUCGCUGAGCGCCGCAUUGGCUUGGUCAUGGAGGUUGCUCGUACCUCCUUGAUCCAUGCGGCUGCCCCCCACUUUCUGUGGCCGUUUGCGGUCCGAUACGCUGCGCAUCAGCUCAACCUCUGGCCCCGUGUCUCCUUACCGGAGACUUCCCCGACACUGCGGUGGACGGGAGAGGUUGGCGAUGCGUCGCGUUUUCGGGUCUGGGGAUCUCGAGCUUUUGUUCGCGAUACGUCUGCGGACAAGCUCUCCUCCCGCGCUGUUCCUUGUGUCUUCCUUGGCUUUGUCCCGGACGCGCCUGGUUGGCAGUUUUACCACGUCACCUCGCGCCGGGUUCUGCCUUCUCAGGACGUCACUUUCGACGAGUCCGUCCCCUACUACCGCCUCUUCCCCUACCGCACUGCCCCGCUUCCCCCCCCGCCUCUCUUCCUCGCGCCAGGUGCUGCUGUGGUAGACCCCCUCCCCCCUCAGGGUGCCGCUCCCUCAGGUGUGUCCCAGGUAGACCCGGUUGAGCCUGUCGAGGUAGCUGUCGAGUCUCGUCCUGCUAGGGGUGCUGAGCCUGAGCGUGCGGAGCCUGAGGGUGCUGAGCCUGGGGGUGCUGAGCCUGGGGGUACGGAGCCUGGGGGUGCUGAGCCUGGGGGUGCGGAGUCUGGGGGUGCUGAGCCUGGGGGUGCGGAGCCUGGGGGUGCUGAGCCUUGGGGUGCUGAGUCUGGAGGUGCUGAGCCUAGGAGUCCUACACCUGGAGGAGCCCUCUCCUCACAGCAGCUGCAGGAGAGGUACUUACAGUACUGCAGCCUCAGGAGAGGUGCCGCUGGAGCCAGUACUUCCCCUCCUACCCGGGAGCUCCCCUCCCUUCAGCGGAUCCGAGAGUGGUACACGCGGCGCUGCAGUCUUCGGAGUGGCGCUCCUGGUGCUGCUAGCGCUACUGGUGGUGCUGCUGGUGCUGCUGGAGGUGCUGCUGGUGCUGCGGACCCUGGAGUUGGAGGUUCUGCUGGUGCUCCGGACCCUGGAGUUGGGGGUGCUGCUGGUGCUGCGGACCCUGGAGCUGCUGGAGGUGCUGCUGGUGCUGCGGACCCUGGAGCUGCUGGAGGUGCUGCUGGUGCUGCGGACCCUGGAGUUCGAGGUGCUGCUGGUGCUGAGGACCCGGGCGUUGGAGCUGCUGCUGGUGCUGCGGACCCUGGAGUUGGAGCUGUGGCUGGUGCUGCGGACCCGGACGUUGGAGCUGCUGCUGGUGCUCUAGACCCGGGAGUUGGAGCUGCUGCUGGUGCUGAGGACCCUGACGCUGGUGUCUCUGCUGGUUCUGGCGACGCUGCGCGGCCGCGACCGUACUUCGUGCCGCUCCUUCAGCAGGUUCUUGGUCAGACUCCUCCUCCUUGUCCUCCUCCCUCCUUAGAGUGUCCUCCGCCUGUCCAGUCGCAGUCACAGUUACGGCCUGCCUCGCCUCUCCCUCGUCCUUCUCCUUACACUGGUCCGACAGGAGGUCUUACGGAGCGUCGUGAGCCUGAGUCUCGUCCUGUGUCGCCUGCGUCUCGCUCUGCGUCGCCUGUUCGUGCUGCUCGCACUGGUCGUCGUGUCCCACGUGAGCGUCCUCCUCCUGUCCCUAGCACUCACUACAUGACUCUGCGUCCCUCCACUGCUCCUCAGCGUAUCCCUCUGCCGUCUCCUCCUGCGUCCUCUCUACCUACUCUUCCUGACCCGGAGUCUGACUCCCGUCGUGCUGCCAGUCCCACUGUCACGCGUCUCCUCGCUACUAUUGUCACUGACCCUACCUUUGAGUCCUCUGCUGCGUCUGCUCUGGUCGCUGAGUUGGUUGACUUUGCUGCCAGGUGUCGUCUAGACUACGCCGCUAGCCUUGUUGCUGAGUCUGAGUCUGAGUCUGUCUGUCCUCCGUCCGUCGAGGGUGAGUGUGCUCUUGGCACGGACGUCCUUGAGGACAGACAGGAGGAGUUCCAGUGCUUUGCUGCUGCUUUGCCCCAUCUCGUGUCCAUGCUAGUUGCCCCUGAGGGAGACCCGGAUCCACCAGACAUCCGGACUCCUCGCUCUUACGCAGAGGCGAUGGCGGGUCCCUACUCCUCUCAGUGGCAGACAGCCAUGGACGCAGAGAUGGCUUCCUGGAAGUCCACAUGCACCUACGUCGACAAGGUUCCCCCACCUGGGGCGAACAUCGUCAGUGGCAUGUGGAUUUUCAGGGUGAAGCGGCCGCCGGGUUCUCCUCCUGUCUUCAAGGCGCGCUACGUCGCUCGACUCUGCUUGUUUUCUCCCACGAUACCCAGCCCCUCACCAUCAUCAUGA